AAAUUUAAGUAUGCUGAUCAAGAAUAGCUUAAGCGUUUUUCAGUGAUCACUAAACAUCAAAUUUCUCUCUAUAUAAGCAUAACAUCGAGUUUAUUUAGUAGAUUAUAUCUUCGUUAAUUUUGUUGUUUGAGAUAUGUCAAGGACUACCAAGCUCGUCGCACUGAUGAACAUUACACGACUAAGGGAAGCUAGGAAGCCUGGUCAUCAACACCACUACAUGAGCCGAUUUGCUGCCGUACAGGCAGCAGAAUACGAUCAAGGCUUCGAAAGGGAACAUACCAACAUCGAAAGAUUCGAGGAAUAUUACCUUAAAGAAGAGACAGUAGUAGGAGGAAUAAUGUCUAGCAAUAAGAGUGACAAUGAGAAAGAGGUGAUGAAGGUGAACAAAGACUGGGUGCCACACCCACGUACCGGUAUAUACUUCCCCGAAGGACAAGAUUGGGUGCUGAAUGACGUCCCCGAAAACUCGGCUUCGCUAGGACAUUCACAAUAUUGGCUAAGGAACAUUCAUGGAGCUGAAAAGCAUGAUCCUGAUAUGCUUUCAGCUGACCAUUAUUUCCUUACCCAACCUCAUGAAUGAUUCAUGCAUGUAUGUUAAUUACUAAUAGUAUACUAUACUAGUAAUAAAGUUCCCUAGUUCAUCUUCUGUCAUAGGCUACUUUAUUUUUAGAGUUUACUUCGUGACUGAGUAGAAAAGCUAAUUAAGUAGAUAAAAACUUAUGCAUGCAGUUUGUCCAACUAUAUACGUAGUAUAACAUUAACAAAAUCUUUCCUA